AUGCUAAAGAGCAGAGUUUGCGCCACGCAGAUAGACAGCCACCUCCAUAUACCUUCACUGCGUGUGUGCAAAUUGUUCUUGGCCGGAGGGAUUAUUUUACAGGGGAGGCGGAGAAAGGGGGGGGCGCUGGGAAGCGAGCGAGAGUCUGGCUUGCUGCGAAUGCCAGAGAGAGGCAGGAGGCUUCUCGAAUGGGGAGCCUGUUUAUCAGGGAAGCUCGGACAGUGUCUGUGUCGCUCCCGCUCCCUCCACCCGUUUCCCUCCUGCCCCUCCCCGCUCUAUGCUCUCCGUAGUUGGUCGGGCAAGAAGUCGCCUGCAGGAGCCAGCUUUUCCGGCAUCCAGUCGCCUCGGCCGCGCGUGGCUGGUCGGGCUGAGGGAAGACUCCAUGGCUACUCCUCCGCCCGGGUUCCUGCAGCAGUACAGCGUGAAGCUGCUUUUCCUCAGCGAGGAACAGCUGCCGGAGGGGCUGCCCCUCGCCAACCCCAAUCAGAAAACGCUCCAGCUGGAGGUGCAGCCGCGGGAGGAAGACACCGAUAUGACUGUGACAGACGCUGAUGGUGUCUGUGUGUUUAAGUGCUUGGUUAACAAAGACACUGAAUACUGCCGUGUGGGAAAAGAGUCCAUAUUGAUAACACUCGGGUAUAACAGCGCCUUACUCCAAUUCAGAUCACAUUCUGAAUAUAACAUGUUCUCAAAUGCUCUGAAGAACUGCUGGAAAAGGAAUAAGGAACACUCCGUGUUCAAUCAGAGAACCGAAGAAUCCUCUGCAGCUCAAUAUUUUCAGGUAGAGGUCCAUUGCAUCACAAUCCUACAAGAGUUUUAUGGCUGCUUAUCUCAACAACAGAACAUGAUGCAGGAUUUUGUGAGGACAGCCACAUAUCACAGAGCAAUACUACAGAACCAUAUAGAUUUUAAAGACAAGGUGGUCCUAGAUGUUGGCUGUGGAUCAGGAAUCCUUUCAUUUUUUGCUGUGCAAGCUGGAGCUAGAAAGGUCUAUGCUGUUGAAGCUAGCUCUGUGGCAAAAUAUGCCGAGAUUCUAGUACGAAGUAACCAUCUUUCUGAUAAGAUCAAUGUUCUGACAGGAAAGAUUGAGGAAAUUUCCCUACCUGAGAACGUAGAUGUUAUUGUUUCUGAGCCAAUGGGUUAUAUGCUGUUCAAUGAAAGAAUGUUGGAAAGCUACCUCCACUCCAAGAAAUGGCUAAAGUCAAACGGAAUGAUGUUUCCAACAUUUAGUGACAUUCAUUUGGCUCCUUUUUCCGAUGAACAGCUCUACAUGGAACACUACUCCAGAGCCAAUUUUUGGUACCAGCAGUGUUUUUAUGGAGUCAAUCUGUCCAGUCUCCGCAAUGCAGCCAUAGAUGAGUACUUUAGGCAACCUAUUGUAGACACAUUUGACAUUCGAAUUUUGAUGGCCCGAACAGUGAAGUACACUGUCAAUUUUACAGAAGCAGCAGAAGAAGAUUUACACAGAGUGGAAAUCCCCUUUGUUUUCCAAAUGAUGCAGUCUGGGUUAAUCCAUGGCUUGGCAUUUUGGUUUGACGUGGCAUUUGUUGGCUCACUGGUGACUGUAUGGCUAUCAACUGCUCCAACAGAGCCUCUGACUCACUGGUAUCAAGUACGCUGCCUUCUUCAAACCCCUCUCUUUGCCAAAGAAGGGGAAACUCUUUCAGGGAAAGUCCUCUUUGUAGCAAAUAAACGGCAGAGUUAUGACAUCCAGAUUGUUGCUAUAGUGGAUGAGACUGGCUUUAAAUCAGGCAACGUCCUUGAUUUAAAGAAUCCAUUUUUUAGAUAUGCUUAGAUUCUAUUAUAUACACCUGCUGGAAGAAAAACCAGGAUUACAACCAAACCAAACAGCCUAUGAGGAGAAGGGAGAAUACUGAACAUGCUUCUUCUUCUGUGAAAUUUGUCUGUGCAUAUCAAAAGUAAAUAUUUUAUGCAAAUUGUAGAAUAAGAUGUUUGUGCAGUUUCACACAACCCUUUUUUCAAGCUGGCACACUAAUCUUUAAACAUGUCUGCCUGGAAGUAUCUUCAAAGGUAUUUUCUUGGUAAGCACAUUUAUUUGGAAAUCCCCUCCAUUGAAAUAAAUGGGAACGAAUUAAUUUGCACAGCAGGGGUAGCCAACAUGAUGUCUUCCAGGUGUCGUGGACUACAACUCUUACUGACCCCAGCCACCAUGGCCGAUGGUCAGAGAUGAUGGGAGCUGAAGUUUGUAACAUUUAAAGGGCACCAUGUUGUCUACCCAUGUAUAGGAUUGGAAUAUUAGUCUCCCAUUUACAUAUUUGAAUGACUGUCCUUUGUUCCAAUUGAUCAAAAUAGUAUUGGGAUCUGAUGGGCAGGGGGUUGUUUUUUUGUUUGUCUAAGGCUGAUACUCCUUGGUGGUUUUUUUUAAAUCCCUCGUUCCUCCCUUAAAGAAUAUUUUUAACAAAACCUACCUCACGUUUCUAUACAUAUUUAGUACAUAUGGGAGUAAUGUGAAUAGUACAUCAAGCUCAUACUUAACUCUUUUUCAGUAUUUGCAAACUGUAUUUAAAUAUUUGGAGCUUAUUUUAGCUGGCCAAUAAUAAACUUGUACCAUCUCAGAGCAAUAUAACACUAGGAUCAUCACCUGAUAAAUAACUCUGACUUAUAUUAUUUUAAAGCAAUCCUGGACUCUGAGUCAGUUGGCAAGUAAACCUCUUUCAAUAAACUUUAUGAAAGAAGGGAAAUGGCAGACUAACUUCUCUGCAUACCUAUUUCUGUAUAUUUCAUAUAUUCUGUAGAUAAUACCAUUGCAAUUGCUCAUUUAAUCUUUCCAAUAAAAUUUAAAUAUAAAAUGUAAUGAGAUUGUGGUUUUGGUUUGUCUGUGGGGUCAUUAUUGAAAAUAUAAUGCAAAGCACAGGACAGUCAUAAUCCCUCUCCCCCCUCCGCCCCAUCCACUCCACUAAUUCAUUUGUGUUUCCACUUUGUUGUUUUAAUUGCUCACAUACAAAGGACAACAAAGAUCUCUACUGGCCAACGGAGAUGCGGCCUCAAAUAUUUAGCUCUGAACCUUAUGUGCUACAUGGAGUCUUGCCCUAGGAUUCUGCCAGUGAUUAUUUACCACAGCACUCAGCAGCACAAAAAGAGGAAUACGACACAAAGGAGGAACAAUGAAUUGGCUCUGAGCAAUGAGGCUCAACAGUCUUCCUGCUCUUGUAAAUUAUGUGCUACUUGAUCUAGACAGCUUCCAGCAGCUGUCCCAUUCUUAAAAAGCAGUGCUGAACGUGCUGGGAAAUGAAUACAUUUGCAUCCCUUGAGUUAUCAGCUAAGAGCCAGUUUUGGAGCAAAUGAAAAUCAUAAACAGCUCUUUAAUGGCAGACAGGAAGAAGGUUACUCAUUGCUGCCAGAGCUAACCAUAAUUAAUCAUCUGUCAAACCACAGCGUUGUAUCUCCCUAAUCACUGACUAAGAUCUCAUUCUGAGAGUCUAUAGUAUAUCAUGCUUUAUCUAUUAGCAUGUCUUGGCUCUGGAAAACUUGACUUCUUGGUGACUGAUGCAGCCCCUCUGAGCAACCACUGAAACACAUGCAGGAGUUGACUGCUUGCAUCUACCCUGCUGAUCAGCUGUUAGGUUUGAUACUGCUGAUGAUUUGCAAGUUUAUUUCACAGAAAUUGUGUUCAGCACCAUCGUGACUGGCAGACAGUGCUGAUCAUCUGGUGGGCACUAUCUGUGGUCCUGAUCAGAACUGGGUCACAGCCCAAGGGAGCUAGAUAUGGUCAAGGAAUCGUGUGUGUGUUGGAAUAGGCAAAUAUUGCAUGUUCACUUUAAGGGAUAUUUGGGAAAUAUUCCAUGUACCUGUUUACUAUGAUGUAACUUCCUAAUGGGUGGGGUUUAGUUACCUGACUUCCUUCUCCUUUGUCCUGGGGGAUUUUUGAAUAAUCUCCAUUGCUGAUCUUCCUACCUUUGAGAGAGGCCGCAUGGCAAGAUGCUCUCUGCUGAGUGCAUCAAUACAAAGACUAAGAUGGACUGAGUUUCCUAUUUUUCUUUCUUCCAAGCUAGAGCCUAUGUUUG